CCGUCGGUUCGUCCAUACGGAAGUUUGUUUAGUUUUGUUUUAAAGAGCAGAAGCAAGAAGUCCGAUGUUUUCCAAACUAACUAACUAACUAACUAACUAACUCCUCGCUAUAGCUGGCGUAUUGUGAACACAGCGGCUAAAUGAAGAGUGAAUUAUACAGUGUGCAGUAAGUUAAAGCUGAAAUGUCUCACAUUAAAGAGUACAUCGACAAAGUGACUCGUUAUUAUGAGCGGUACACGGAGUAUGUGAGGAGAAACCCAGCUGCCACAGCACAGCUGGAGAGCACGGUGCGGACACUCUCCUACCUGAUCGCAGGGCGAUUUGCAGAUUCCCAUGAAAUAUCUGAACUGGUGUACUCGGCCUCCAAUCUCCUGGUGCUGUUCAAUGACAGCAUUCUGCGCAAAGGGCUGCGAUGUGCCUUCCCCGUGUCUCUCUCUCAGCAGAGACUCCUGAACUGGCUGUCUGUGUUGGAGUAUGUGGAAGUUUUCCUGGAGAUGGGAGCCUGCAAGCUGUGGGGUGAAGUCGGACGCUGGCUGGUGAUCGGACUCAUUCAGAUUUUUAAGGCAAUUUUUCGCAUCGUGCUUCUUCUGAGGUACAAAUCCGGCAUUCAGACUUCACCUCCCAUAAUCCCCCUCGACAGAGGUGCAGAAUUUGUUAGUGAAGAUGACGGUAACAGGGAGCAGCAAGAUGACACCUGUUUUGUGGGCCAGAGGUCAGGACGAGCCAUUAGGCCACUGGGCAGCACUCCCUCCCUGCAGGCCCGGCUGUGGGGGGCACCGAGUCAGAAGAAGAGGAGGAGCGCCUUAAAUGGAGAGAACCUCCACAGCAAACCAACACAGCUGGGGCUUCAGGAGACCAUCGCCGAGUCUGUGUACAUCGGACGGCCACUCGUGCACUUGCUCUGCCUUGGACUCUGUGGAAAACAGUCCUGGAAGCCCUGGCUCGUCUCUGCAGUCCUCGAGCUUUCAAGUUUUGCUGUGCUCAGUGAUGGAAAAUUUCAAAAUCGAUGGGAGAAGGCCGAGAUAAGGAGGAGAACCUUUCUUUUGCUGUAUUACCUUCUUCGUUCACCCUUCUAUGACAAAUACUCUGAGGAGAAGAUUCUCUUCCUGCUCAGACUUCUGGCUGAUCAUGUUCCAGGAAUUGGCCUUGUAGCACGCCCUCUGAUGGAUUACCUCCCCACCUGGCAGAAGAUCUACUUCUACAACUGGGGAUAAAACCUGCUGGAUGUUCUAAGAUCUUUGAUGUUUGCAAGUCAACAAGGGCAACGGCAAGAAAGGAACUGUCAGGCCCGGGGACUGACACACCUGCCAUAAUUGCCCAAAAAUCACAUAAAAUGACGUGGAAAGGAUUACCACUUCCGACUGACAGCGAGGAUCUUCUUAGUAACAAAAUGUAUUGAUUUAGAAGGCUAUUUCAGCAUCAAAACAGACAUUAUCAUCAGGACUUCAUUUUCAGUAAUCGGAUUUUUACCUUGACGCUGGUUUGACUUAAUGCUAAAGAACAUGUUUGCCACAUGACUAAGAGGCAUGUUGGAGAACUUCAUUCUUUGAGUUCACGAUUUAUGCUACGGUCUUGUACAGUGACGUUUAUGAUGUGUGGCAGAAUACUUUUGUGAGCAACGUCUUAUCUUUCAUUGCACUCAUGUCAAAAGCCCUCAGAAGUGUGCAGCAUUUUGUCGAGAAGAGGCGUCAGCAGUUCGACAUCUUUCAAGAGAGUACCUAAAGCUAAGGAGCGAUGACUGAGUAGCACAUAAAACUUGAGUGAAAAAAUCUCGACACCUGAUUUCCAGCAGCAGCCAUUGAGUUUCCAGUUCUUGAUUCAAUAUUGGGAGAGUUUUCAUGCAGAGAAGAGGGUGCACACACUGAUUAAGGCCGGGUGUGUGUGUGCGCGCUGGAGUCAAGGACCAGAACACGGCAGAGGUUUUCAAUCUUUAUUAACAUACUGAAUAAGUUUCUUUUUGUGGCCUACAAAUAAAUAGUUGAAUGUUUCA